AUGGCUAGCAGCAUCAAGGAGCGGCGGAGGUGCUUGGACGAUCUCCCGGAUGUGUUGCUGGUGCGGAUCAUGUCGCGACUCCUCUCCUCGCGUCACCUGCAUUGCUGUGGCCUGGUAAGCAAGAAGUGGAGGGAUUUGGCGACGCGGGUCACUCACUUCCGCCUGGAUUCGUCAAGUCCUGCCGCCGAGGAAGGACUCGUCCGCUGGUUCCAUCCAGAUCAUGGCAACAAUCUCCGCUACCUGGACAUCGCACGCUUCCCCUGCUACCGCAAGAAUGCGAGCUCCACUCGCUGGCUACAGGUGCUCGGGAAAACGCUCCACUCGCUACGCCUCCGCCGCCCACCAAAGCAAAAGUUUGAAGACUUUUGGUCCAGCGUCUCGGAGUGUCACGAGCUGCGCUGCCUCCACGUCUACGCAAGCAUUGGCACCGCGCUGCCGCCAACUAUGGCUCUCCACAAUCUGCUCUACUGCGUCAUCUUCGUCACAGUCGUGGAUGUCUGUGCCGUCCAGCAGCUCCUCGAGCAGUGUCCCUCGCUCAUCUUCUUCUGCCUGGGGAGUAUGGCAGUGCCGGAGGAAUCACACGUAGAGCUUCUCAAGAGCAGCAGCCUCGACUGUUUGGAGAUUCGAAGUCGCUGUGGCGGCGCUGCCACCAUUGCCAUUGACAUGCCCAAUCUCCGGUGGCUCACUGUCAGCUCAGGGCCGUGCGUGGAGCUGCGGCCCUCGACAUGCAACAUCGAGGGGGUGCAGUUGCAUGGACGUGUUCGCCACCAGGGACUGUGUCACUCAUUGAACAAGUUAAAGUCGAUCACGCUCAGCAACUCCUUCCGGAGCCCCGCCAAUGUGCUGGAGCGUGUGUUGCCAUUGGUGCCAAGCUUGGGUGGCGUCAAGGAGUUGAGCUUGCUUGUGGGGGAUCACGACUUCCAGCUUCGCUCCUUUAAGCUCGCAGCCUUUCUAGAGCUCUUCCAUGGACUCGAGGUCUUGAGAAUUGCUCGUACAAGCAUCAAGGCGCUGAGCCUGGACAAGUGGAGCAGCAGACAAUCGCCCUUGAUGGUGUUCAUCGAGGCAGCAUUCAGGAGCGAGAGUGGUGGCAUCUGGGAGAGCGACGACAUAGAUUUUCUGUGGGAACUCAUGAGGAGCAGCGAGUGCGUGAGGCUGCUCGAUUUGAGAGGCUUCGUUUACAGAUAUGAGCCUCCUGACUUCCGGCCACAAGUUCCUGCCGCUUUUGAGGUGCUCUCGCAAGCUUUUCCUGGUCGUAUCAAGGUACAUCCGUUGCUCUUUGAUGUGCCUGCGCAGUGUCGGAUGCUGUGGCGCACCCAGGAGGCUAGAUUCAAGUCGGAGCCUCCAUACACAGCAAUCCAGCACUGGUGCAAACACAUGCAUUCUAUGGAAACAUCCGCAUUUGAAGGCUGUGCUUGGCAGUGACAACAAAACUUAAGAACUUUCAACCUGAGAACAACAGGAGAAUUUUUAGGAUCGCAGGAUGCCUGAGUGGAAGGCUUGCUGGUAUUGUCUCACGAUUGCUCCAAGAACUUUGUAUGUCAUGACGCUGCCAUCGUCCUUGUCACGCAUUCUGGGCUGGCCUCCAAAGAGAUGAAAGAUAAGACACAUCGGUGAAGAACGCGUUCCUGACUUAGACUCGACGUCGGGAACUGUAUUCUUGAUUAUCUUUUUUGCCUACAAACGUACUUUGUGAGUGAACCAGUGGCUCAUUCACAAGUAUAAAAAGAUUCAGGCCACAAGCAAGGAUCAAUACAAAGAUUUUUAGUUUCGCUUAA